UAUACAAUAUUACUUGGAAAAGGAAAAAGUGUACAACCAAUUUAUGAAUAGUUGUUUUGGCUGCUUAUUAAAAGUGAACCUAGAGAAUUGGAACAAAAAAAUUUGUGGCCAAAUCGUACACUAUCUUCUACAACGACGUGUUGUAAGCUUAAAGAAAAAGGAGGUUUGGUUCAUAAUUGAUGGUAAGCCAAUUCUAUUUGGUAUGAAGGAGUUUGCUAUGAUUACCGGACUAAAUUGUGGAAAAAUUCCCACUGGUAAGGCUUUAUAUGAUGAAGGGAAGGCAAAAGAUUUUUUAGAUCUAGUGUUGAACAAAAAGAGUAGUCUAACGGGAAAUGAUUUAAAGGAAAUAUUAAAGAGUGACAGAUUUGAUGCGCAAACAAAGUUGAAGAUCGCUAUGGUGUGGUUUGUUGAGUCUUUUUUAUGGGCUGGUGAUCAAAAGCGAACUGUUGAUAUAAAGAAUAUGAAAAUGGUGACAAACUUGGAUUACUUUAAUGCAUAUCCUUGGGGUAGGCGUUCUUUUGAGAUGACAGUUGAGUUCCUUCUAAAUGUUAACUUAAAGAAAAAGUCUGUAGAAUGGAAGGAAAAUAAUUCCACAUCUAAAGGUUAUAGCUUGCAAGGAUUCCCUUGGGCUUUUAUGGUGUGGGCUUUCGAAGCAAUUCCUAUACUAGGAGAGGCUUUUGGACAGCCAUUGAUAGAAUCUCCCUUGCCACUUCCAAGAUUGCUCCGAUGGUACGAUAAAAAGAAGACACCCCCAGAUUAUAAAACAGUGUUAUUAACAAUGCAAAAUAAAGAGGUUGUGGUGCAUCCUACUUUGGUUCCUACUAAUGUUGAGUCAAAAAAAUCAUAUUUGAUUAAUUGGGAGGAUUUGAAAGAUGAGGUGGAUGAGAAUAUAGAUCGGUUGACAAAAGUAGUUAGUGGUGUGACACGAUUAGUUAACUCUUCUCUCGAAAGGCAUGAGAUUCCGGUAGCUAUGGAUCACGACGGACGUGAAACUGAUAUUAGAAGACAACCAUCAAAGGGAGUUACUGAAAAUAUUAAUUUGAGUGAUUCACCAGGCAAACUUUCUCAACUUAUUGAAUUAUGUGCAAAUAUGUUUAAUGAGAUGAAGGAUAUGAACAAGAAGUUGAAUGAAAGAAUGGAUGGUCUCGAUGCUAAAAUAGACCACUUUAGUGGUAUGGUGGGUGGUUUGCAUGUCCAGGUAGAAAAAUUAAGCAAAAAAAAAGUAUGAUGAUGGAAAUUUUCAGGUGAGUGAUGAACAACCAGAUAUGUUGGAAAAUAAGGUAAUUGGUGAGCUUGAAGAGGAAGGAAGCAACAUGGUUGACAAAGAUGAAACUACCAAAUUUGCGGGAGUAUGUACUACAAGGGCGAAACGAACAACGAAAACUAACCCAAAAUAUGAUUCCCCUUUUGCAACAGAUCUCAGACAAAAGAAAAUCCGGGAGGCUUCGAAGAAUAUGAAGACUUAUAAAAGGAGAAAGAUCGGCGGUGAUAGUUAGUAAUUCUGUUAGGAUGUUUUUUGGAUCUGUCGGACAGAGUAUGGAUCAAUCUAUUUAAUUAAAAUUUGUCUUGGAUUGUAUUAAGUUUAAAAAGUUAGCGUAUUUAUAUUAUGCCACUUUU